CGAUGUCGCAAACACCAGGACAGAGGCAUGGCGAGUUUGAUAUGUAAACUUUCAGGAUCAGUAUGCUUGCAAGGUCUUUUACUGAAAGAAACUACGUGUUGUAGCAGAAUUUUAGUAAAUCAUGAACAAAAGAGAUACAGAAAGAGGACAAGGAAGCCAGCGCCAUGGUUUGUGACACGUAAAAGUGCACCCAGGACAUACGGAAUAACAGAGGAAAAUCUGACAGACCUACAAGAAAAAGUAUGGGAGGAUGUAGCCAACAUGAAAACUUCUCCAAUAAGAGAAGAAUACUUAGAAAAGAAGGGACUGACAGAUAACAUGCUUGCUAGUCUUCAACAAAAUGCUGGAGAGGAUUUUCAGUGGAAAUAUGACACAUUCACCAAACAGUACAAUCACUUAUUCUUGGAGGCUGGGGUUGCUCCAAAGAGAAAAUUGACCAGAUUUUUGAUAUCUCCAGAAUGCAGGAUUGCUCCAGGAACCAGACUUAGAGCAGAUCAUUUUAGAGUUGAUGAUUAUGUUGACUGUAGUGCUAAAACGAUUGGACAUGCGUUUCAAGGUGUGGUGAAGAGGUGGGGGUUCAAAGGUCAAAGUGCUUCUCACAGAGGAGGGAAAAACUGGCGCAAGGCUGGGGCCAUGGGUGGAGGAAGGUCACAAGCUGGAGUGAGGCCUGGUAAGAAGAUGCCAGGUCACAUGGGAAUGGAUUGGAACACACAGAGAGGGCUAAAGAUUGUGAGGAUGGACACAAAAUACGAUGUGAUUUAUGUGAAGGGUAUAGUCCCAGGCCCAGACCACUGUUAUGUUAGAGUGAUGGACACUUCGUUAAGAAACAGGAGGCACGAAAUGAUGAAAAAUCCCCCAAUCUGCCCCACUAGGUUUGAGGAGUCAGCCAAAGAAUUGCCGAGUGAAAUUAUUUCCAAGGACCUUUAUGAUUUCAGAGACCCUACUAUAUCAUUUGAUAAAGAAUAAAUAAAUUUCUGUUUGAAAAUGAAUAA